CUCACGGCGUAUUGACAACCACGAACGGCUCACAGGUCACCGACACCACGAAAUCAUGCUGGGACUCAAGUCGGUCCUGAAUGUGAUCGACAACACCGGCGUCACCCGAGCCGAAUUGAUCAAUGUGUAUAAAGUGAAGACCAAGGCGAAGAAGUCGGUAGGAACGGGCACAGUGGGGGACAUGAUCAAAGUGGUAGUCAAGAAAUCCCGGACGGUGACUACAGGCGACAACAAACCCAAUACGAACAGGUUACGGAAAGGAGAUAUGGCUAAAGCUGUCAUCGUGAGGUGCAAGAAGUCAGAGAUGAGACCGGAUGGAACACAGAUACGGUUCGACGAUUCCGCGUGCGUGCUUUUAAACAAUAAGGGUGAAAUGAUGGGCAGUCGAGUAUCUGGACCCGUUUCUCAGGCUCUGAAAGAUGUAGCGGAUGCUGGUGUGCCUGGAGGUCGAUGGGCGAAAAUCCUUAGUAUAGCGCCAAAGGUCUUGUAAUGUCAUUGUAUAACACCCCAUUGCAUAGCAUACGAUCAUUC